AUGUCACAGUAUUCAGGGAAGAUAUUGUUCUACGAGGGGAAAUGCUUCACAGGCCAGAGGCUGGAGGUGUUUGGAGACUGUGAAAACUUCCAGGACCGUGGUUUCAUGAACAGGGUGAACUCCAUCCGCGUGGAGAGCGGGGCCUGGGUGUGUUUCGACCAUCCCGAUUUCAAGGGACAGCAGUACAUCCUGGAAAAAGGAGAGUAUCCCGAUUUCCAACGCUGGAAUGGCCACAAUGAUCACAUGGGCUCCUGCAAGCCAAUCAAAAUGCACGGGGAGCACUACAGGAUGGAGCUUUAUGAGGGUCAAAACUUCACCGGUCAGUGUGUUGAACUGUGUGACGACUGUCCCUUCCUCCAGAGCAGCGGAUUCAGCAAGAACUGCCUCAACUCCAUUAAAGUCUAUGGAGACGGAGCUUGGGUCAUGUACGAGGAGCCGAACUAUCGUGGCUGCAUGUACAUUGUGGAAAGAGGAAACUACUGCUCAUUUAUGGAUUGGCAAGCUGAGAAUCCCAACGUCCAGUCCAUCCGCAGGGUAGUUAACUAUUUCUAAACUCUUACAUCCCAAAACAGCCUCGCUCUCAAAGGAAAAUCAAUGUUUCAAAGCAUACUUACC